AUGCAUAACCAUAACUUUGGACCCCUUUCCCGAGGGAGCACUGAGAAGGGACCCAACAGCCCUUCCUUGGAUGGAGGCAAUCCUCUUAUCCAUGCUUUUACUGGCCAAUCCAAAGUUCCUUUACGUUCAAAUAUAAUCGUUGAAGAUGAAAUCCAACCCGCCGAGGAAUUACUAUGGCCCAAGAUACGAACCAAAUUGCGCGAGCCAUUCGCUGAGUUUUUUGGAGUAUUCAUUUUGAUUCUCUUUGGCGACGGCGUCGUCGCCCAAGUUGUCCUAAGCGACUCAAAGAAGGGGGACUACCAAUCAAUAUCUUGGGGUUGGGGCCUCGCAGUCAUGCUGGGUGUCUAUUGCAGCGGAGGAAUCUCUGGUGGUCAUCUCAACCCUGCAGUGACCUUCGCCAACUGUGUCUUUCGGAAAUUCCCUUGGAGAAAAUUCCCCGUAUACAUGUUAGCCCAGGUUCUAGGUGCCUUCUGUGCUGCUGGUGUUGUUUAUGCGAACUACAAGUCUGCCAUUACCGUCUUCGAAGGUGGCCCUGACAUUCGAACCGUUGGACUGGACACCUCCACUGCCGGCAUAUUCUGCACAUACCCUGCACCGUUUUUAACCAAAACCGGGCAGUUCUUCUCGGAAUUUAUUGCCAGCACAAUCCUCAUGUUCUGCAUAUUUGCCCUGGCCGAUGAUAAAAAUCUCGGAGCUGGAAACUUAAUGCCGCUUGGAUUGUUCUUUCUUAUAUUUGGCAUCGGUGCUUGUUUUGGGUGGGAAACUGGAUAUGCCAUCAAUCUUGCUCGGGAUUUUGGGCCUCGGCUGAUGACUUAUUUUCUGGGAUAUGGACACGAAGUUUGGUCUGCUGGGGGAUAUUACUUCUGGAUACCUAUGGUCGCUCCAUUCUUUGGCUGUAUGUUUGGUGGCUUCCUGUACGAUGUGUUUUUAUACACCGGAGAAAGCCCUAUUAACACACCCUGGAUGGGGCUGGGCCGUUUUAUGCGACCAAGCCAAGACGUUUGGUCGAAUACAAAAACCAUAGACCAUGACGUGUGA